AUGGCGGAGGAUGAUAUAGUGAAGGACAUCCUUACCUCCGCGAUUAAUCUUGCGGUUCAAGUUAUCGAAGCCUCAAAUGAAACCAUCUUCUUCAAGAAGGAGUGCGACGAGGUCAAGAACAAGGUACAAAAGCUCUUAGAGUUGCUGGAGAAAGCCUUAAUCGCCAGCUCGAGUCUCUGCGAAUUCCCGACCCGUCACGUCAUCUCAAUCGCCGAGGCUAUGCGUCGCAAGUCUCUCUCUCUGUUCUACAAGGGCAUCCCCAGAGUAACUAAUCGCUUCAUUACAAUCAUCCACGUUUCCACUUACCAAAAGAUGCUGGUAGGGCUCGAAAGAUCGAUCAAUGACGUCUCGUGGCUCCUUAACGUCUCCGUUCCUUCCAACGAUGGUGAACAAGAAGAGUUGUUUGGUCUCCCACCUUUCGCCAUGAACGACCCAACUCUGUCCAUGAUCUAUGAACUUAUGGCGAUUCUCUACAGGGGAACACUUGAUGAAGACUCCUGUGAAGCAGCUAGGUCGCUGAGAUCGAUGGCCAGUGACAACCCUAGAUGCGCAGAGAUCAUGAUCCGUAAUGGAUUGUGUUCCGUAUUUGCUAAGAUCCUCAGACAAGGGUCGAUGAGAGCUCAAGCAGAGGUGGCUUGUACUACGUCAGUUUUGGUCGCGAGCUUCCCUGAGAGCCAAGACUUGUUCGCACAACACGACGUGAUCCAGCUCCUGUUAAGCCACUUGGUGACUCCAGAGGUCGAAGAUUCCUUGCAGAUGAAGGCAAUGGCAGCAAAAGCUUUAAGGGAGCUAGCCAAAGGAAAUUCAUCUAUCUGCAAAAGCAUCACCGAUUCAAAAAGAUUCUUGCGUUUCGCAAAUUUGCUUGAGACGCAAGACAAACAAGUUAGAUACAACUCCUUGAUGGUCUUAACAGAGAUCACUGCUGUGGCAGAGCAAGAUUCUGACUUGAGACGCUCAUCGGCUUUCAAGUGCAAAUCUCCAGUUUUCAAGGCCAUUGUUCAUCAAAUCCAUAAGCUCACCGGAGAAAAUGGAGACACUGUUCUACUUAUACCAUGCAUCACACUAAUAGGGAACCUUGCACGAGCAUUUAGAGCCUCUGAUACAUCAAUGAUCGAGCAGUUGGUGAAACUUCUCGGCCAUCAAGAUCCAAAGGUAUCAAGAGAAGCAAUUGUAGCACUCACUAAAUUCGCUAGGCCGAGUAACUACUUGCACAAUGAUCAUUCAAGAGCAAUAGUAGAAGCUGGAGCUGCAAGGAGACUUAUCGAGCUAUCUUCUUUAGGUUGCGAGAUUCGGAUCCCAGCUUUAGAGCUUCUUAUAUGCAUUGCAGCUCAUGUACCAGAGAAGGAAGAGGUCGUCAAAGUAUUGGAAUGUGCAUCGAACCAACCAUUGACCAAUUCACAAAUGUGCUAA